CAGUAGUUAGGCGGCACUAGGACCUGGGAGCCUCCUCCGGCGUCAUCAGCGCUGCGACCACACGGGAAGUGUCAGGGCCGGCCCCGGGGCGUGGUGCUGGGGAGAGGGGAGGACCGGGCCCGGGGAGAGCGGGAGCCGGGGCCGGGUACAGAUAGGACAAUGACCACUCUAACGCGCCAAGACCUGAACUUCGGGCAAGUGGUGGCGGAUAUCCUGUGUGAGUUCCUAGAGGUUGCUGUGCAUCUAAUACUGUAUGUCCGAGAGGUUUAUCCUACCGGCAUCUUCCAGAAGAGGAAAAAAUACAAUGUACCAGUCCAGAUGUCCUGUCACCCGGAACUGAACCGCUACAUCCAGGACACACUGCACUGUGUGAAGCCGCUGAUAGAGAAGAAUGAUGUGGAGAAAGUGGUGGUAGUGAUCCUGGAUAAAGAACACCACCCGGUGGAGAGAUUUGUCUUUGAAAUUGCGCAGCCGCCGCUCCUUUCUAUCAGCUCAGACUCUCUGCUGUCUCAUGUGGAACAGUUACUCCGAGCCUUCAUCCUGAAGAUCAGCGUCUGCGAUGCCGUCCUAGACAACAACCCCCCGGGUUGCACAUUCACUUUACUAGUCCAUACGAGAGAAGCAGCUACAAGGAAUAUGGAGAAGAUUCAGGUUAUUAAGGAUUUUCCCUGGAUCCUGGCUGACGAGCAGGACGUACACAUGCAGGAACCUCGCCUUAUACCCCUGAAGACCAUGACCUCCGAUAUCCUGAAGAUGCAGCUCUAUGUGGAAGAGCGAGGGCAGAAGAACGCCUGAGGCCCGGUCCAGCAACUCCUCAUCAUCACAUCCGGAUGUCCAGGAGGCACCCCGACACCAGGCGUGAAGUAUCGCCAGUGCAGACUGUAACGGAGGAAAUACAUGUAUGGAAGAGUCUGAUAUGUGUCGCCGGGCCUGGAGAUUGCGUGUUACUUCUUCCCGGGAUCGUCAGAUCCAACCCUCGUACCUGUAAUUAGAAGUAUUCCUUCUGCUCUGCGCAUAAAGAACGGGCGCGAUGUCCAGCAGAGAGGAAAUACUCUGCCCAACGUUUGGUGACAAAACCAGAGAUUGUUACUGGCAGAAUUGUGUUAUGCCAGGACUCCCAGGAAGUGACAUCACAGCGUCUGGCGGGACGGGGUCAGAGAUCAUAGCGACGCCCGGAUACCUGCUCACAUCCAGCGUUUAUUACCACCUCUCCUCGUAACUGACCCGCACUCGUCUAUGUUAUUUAUUGUAUGUGUGUCCCGUACUGUGUUAUACACCGGCCAGUCCUACACACUCGCUUAUUACAAGAAAUAUAUAUCGUAUUUGCAAGCGCAUAA